AACCAUUUCCAAAUACUACCCUAGCUAUUUUACCAGUCAACUAAGUUGACUCAUCUUGCUCUUCUCUGCUAACUUGGAAAAUUCCGAUGCUUUCUUCCCCAUUUUUCCCUUUCAUUUCUACAGAUCAUAUAACGGUCUCCUCAUUGUACAUACAGAUCGUUUAAUCAGUGAAGGGAGGAGAUGAAGAUUAAGUUUGCGCUUCUGGUGGUUGUACUUACAGCAUCAGUCGUUUGUUUUUGUGGAACUGCAGAUUCGGAGGGAAAUGUUGGGGGUACAAAAAAUAGUGUUGGUAAUGGUACAGUAAAUGAAAUAGUUGACCAUACGAAGAAGGAUGAGGGCGGUGACUUAGAUAAGAAUGAAUCAAAAGAGAAGUUGGUGUCGAAAGGAGGGGAGAAUGGGCAGAAGAAAGAGGAGAUAAAGGAGAACGAUGGGUCGGAUUCCGGGUUGGGUAAGGAAGCAAAUGGGGCGAGUUUGGUACCUUUAAUAGAAAAAUGUGAUUCGUCUUCAAAUCGUUGUACGGAUGAUGACAAGACGUUCGUUGCUUGUUUGAGAGUUCCCGGGAAUGAAUCUCCGGCCCUUUCGCUUUUGAUUCAAAACAUGGGAAAAGGCUCCCUCAGCAUUAAUAUUUCAGCUCCUGAUUUAGUUCAGCUAGAGAAAAAUCAGAUCGAGCUGGAAGAGAAGAAAGAUACCGAGGUCAAGGUUUCCAUCACUGGCAUCGAAAAUGGCCACAUCAUCAUACUCACAGCAGGACACGGCAAUUGCAGUCUCAACAUCAGAGACCAAUUAUUGGGGAAAAACAAAAUCGACCAUUCCAACGAACCCCCAAAACCCAAUAUCUUUAACCCGACUUUAUCCACUGCAUUUCUGUUAAUUGUGGCUGCACUACUAAUAGUCGCACUAUCAGUUUUCGUGUGCACCAAAUUAGGUAUAAAGUAUUUCGCAAGAAAAGUACCCAAAUACCAGAAGCUGGAUAUGGAUUUACCCGUUUCUCAUGGCAGCAGAAUCGAGCCAGGUGAGAUCAAGGGCUGGGAUGACAGCUGGGAUGACAGCUGGGACGAUGAAGAAGCACCGAAGACACCUUCAUUACCUCUCACUCCGAGCCUUUCUUCCAAAGGUAUGGCUUCGAGAAAGUUUAGUAAGGAAAGCUGGAAAGAUUAGCUGCAGAUUACGCAAAGAUUAUUGUGAGGUAAAAUGGCUUUUGAAUUCUUAUAUUUUGAUCUGAUAGGAAAAAUAGGGAAACGGUUUUUAGUGACUUGUCUAACCCAACUUUUUAGGGCAAUGUUUCUCUUGUUCUAAAUGCUCGAUUUUGACGUAUUUUAAAAUUGUGGUAUACAUAUAUUGCUUCUGAAAUUUGAGAUGAAAAUGGCUGGAGUCUUUCUU